CGGGCGCGGCGGCGACCCCGCCGGACGAUGCGCGGCCACCCGGGAGGCUGAGCCCGCCGCCCCGCGCUCCGCCCGCGCUCUCGCGGCCUCCCCGCAUGGCCUUGCCGGGCGCCGAGGGCGCGGCCGACGGGCCGGUGUCCCCGUCCCGGGGCGCCCCCUCCGGCUCCGCGUCGUCGUCGUCCGCCUCCUCCGGCGGCUCGGCCUCGGCGGGCGCGGGGCUGUGGGCCGCCCUGUACGACUACGAGGCGCGCGGCGAGGACGAGCUGAGCCUGCGGCGCGGCCAGCUGGUGGAGGUGCUGUCCCAGGACGCCGCCGUGUCUGGCGACGAGGGCUGGUGGGCCGGCCAGGUGCAGCGGCGCCUGGGCAUCUUCCCCGCCAACUACGUGGCGCCGUGCCGCCCGCCAGCCCGCCCGCCGCCGCCGCGGCCCGGCUCGCCCGUGCACGUCGACUUCGAGAGGCUGGAGCUCAAGGAGCUCAUCGGCGCCGGCGGCUUCGGACAGGUGUACCGCGCCACCUGGCAGGGCCAGGAGGUGGCGGUGAAGGCGGCGCGCCGGGACCCGGAGCAGGACGCGGCGGCGGCGGCCGAGAGCGUGCGGCGGGAGGCGCGGCUCUUCGCCAUGCUGCGGCACCCCAACAUCAUCGAGCUGCGCGGCGUGUGCCUGCGCCAGCCGCACCUCUGCCUGGUGCUCGAGUUCGCCCGCGGCGGAGCGCUCAACCGCGCGCUGGCCGCCGCCAACGCCGCCCCGGACCCGCGCGCGCCCGGCCCGCGACGGGCGCGCCGCAUCCCCCCGCACGUGCUGGUCAACUGGGCAGUGCAGAUCGCGCGCGGCAUGCUCUACCUGCACGAGGAGGCCGUCGUGCCCAUCCUGCACCGGGACCUCAAGUCCAGCAACAGUAAGUGGGGCGAGGGCGGGGGCUAUGGAGUCCUCCUUUGGGAGUUGCUGACUGGAGAGGUCCCCUAUCGUGGCAUUGAUGGCCUCGCUGUGGCUUAUGGGGUGGCCGUCAACAAGCUAACACUGCCCAUCCCAUCCACCUGCCCCGAGCCGUUCACCAAGCUCAUGAAAGAAUGCUGGCAACAAGACCCGCAUAUUCGUCCAUCAUUUGCCUUAAUUCUUGAACAGCUGACUGCUAUUGAAGGGGCAGUUAUGACUGAAAUGCCUCAGGAAUCUUUUCAUUCCAUGCAAGAUGACUGGAAGCUGGAAAUUCAACAGAUGUUUGAUGAGCUCAGAACAAAGGAAAAGGAGCUCAGGUCCCGGGAGGAGGAGCUGACAAGGGCCGCCCUGCAGCAGAAGUCCCAGGAAGCCCUGCUCCGGCGGCGGGAGCAGCAGCUGGCCGAGCGCGAGAUCGACGUGCUGGAGCGGGAGCUCAACAUCCUGAUAUUCCAGCUCAACCAGGAGAAGCCCAAUGUCAAGAGGAGGAAGGGGAAGUUCAAGAGGAGCCGUUUAAAGCUCAGAGAUGGGCACCGAAUCAGCUUACCCUCAGAUUUCCAGCACAAAAUAACCGUGCAGGCCUCUCCCAACUUGGACAAACGGAGAAGUCUGAACAGCAGCAGCUCCAGCCCCCCCAGCAGCCCCACGGUGAUCCCUCGGCUCCGAGCCAUCCAGUUGACUUCAGAUGAAAGCAAUAAAACUUGGGGAAGGAACACGGUCUGUCGCCCAGAAGAAUUCGAAGAUGUAAAAAGGAAUUUCAAGAAAAAGGGUUGUACCUGGGGACCAAAUUCAAUUCAAAUGAAGGAAAGAACUGAUUGCAAAGAAAGAAUAAGACCUCUCUCAGACGGUAACAGUCCUUGGUCAACUCUCUUAAUAAAAAACCAGAAAACCACGCCGUUGGCAUCCUUAUUUGUGGACCAGCCAGGUGUUUGUGAAGAACCAAAGUUCUCCGCUGAUGGAGUAGAACACAGAAAACCAAAGCAAAUGAAACUGCCCAGUCCAGCCUACGUUGACCUACCUCUGUGGAAAGAUGGCCAGAGGGAGAGCCCAGUGGACGCCGAGAGCUGGGAGGAAGGAGUCUCUGGGAGCCCUGCCACUGGCACGCCUCAGGUGACCCCUACCAAUACUCUGAGCAGGUCACCCCCCAGAAAGAGAACGGAGUCUGCUUUGUACAGCUGCACUGUGCUGCUGGCGUCGGUGGCUCUGGGCCUGGACAUCAGGGAGCUUCACAGGCCACAGGCUGCUGAAGAGCCGUUGCCCAAGGAAGAAAGGAAGAGACGCGAGAGAAUCUUCCAGCGGACUCCCAGGUCCCGCAGCGGUGCCAGUGCCCCCAGCAGGCCGCUGUCCACGGGCGAGGGGGCCGGCAGCCCAGCCUCGUUACCCCCGCCCAGCACCCUGAGCCUCCUGUCCGUGCCUUCUCUCUCCACCAAGUGCCUGCUGCAGCCCGAGGGUGAAGAUUCCUUUGAGGGCAGUACACACAUCACUCGUGACCCCAAGGUGCCCACUCCAGAUUUUUGCCCUGCCGUGGGAGGAGGUAGUCGUGAGCCAACCUCCACGCCAAGACGUGAGGCUGAUCGUAGUGUGUGGAGCCACCUGUGUUCUCCCCCCUUAGAGCAGACCCAUGGGAAUGUGCCUCCUUGCGCUCCUUCAAAGGGAAGAGCAGCACGCCACCGACGGACCAUGUCAGACGGAAGUGCCGCUCAGGCCCCACCAGCUACGACUCUCCUCUCAGGCACUAGAGCCCUGACACUGCCACCUGAGAGUAUUUUGGGGACGCCCCACUCCUCAUCCGGCUCUCACAGUAACCUGCCAAGACAGACCCUGCCUGGAAGACAAAAAGCUGUCGCUGCCGUGCCACUGCCUCGCCCUCCAUCCCUGAGAUGCCCAGUGGAUGCCGCCCCGGCCUCCUGGCAGGGAACGGAGCCUCUGCCUGCACAGGCCAAUCCUGUCUGGGCUGGUCCUGAACCAACCCCAGGCUGCUCCCUGGGUGCCAAGGACAGAGCUCUGUCACACGUGCCUUCCUUACUGGACGCUGAUGUGGAGGGCCAGAGCAGGGACUGCACGGUGCCUCUGUGUAGGAUGAAGAGCAGAGCCGGCCGGCCGUCCAUAUACGAACUGGAGAAGGAGUUUCUGUCUUAAGUGCCUUACGCCCUCCCAGCAUUUCUUUUCUUUUUUCACAUGAACAAAUUAAAACAAUGUGUCUGCCUUUGAACUGCUUCAUGCUGCUGUGUUUCCAAACGCUGUGGCCAUGUUCCUAAAAUGGUAAUGGAUGUCUAACUGCCCCUCAAAUGUACGGGAUUGCUGUAUGCUGUCUGCGUGUAUUUUCCCCCCUGGGUUUCUACCUAGCAACUUGAAGUACACACAGGGGUAAAAUAAGAAAUGUGCAGCCACGUAAAACUAUGCUGGUUGAGUUACUGUAAGCACAAUUUUAAUGUUCUGCGCUCACUUAGAUCCUUGUCUGCCAGUACACAGAAACCACAGUGAGGUACACUGUUUUGUGUUCUUUCCCAAAUUUUCCUUUCUUCUCUCUUUUCUUCUUUCUAAUCUCUCUUGCUCUCGCUCUCUUUCUCUUUUGUGCAACGAAAAGUCAAGAAGAAUAAUGUGAUAUAAGUAAGUAAAGGUAUCUAUGUUUUCUUAAAUAAUGUCUAAAAUAGAUGCCAAGUCCUAUUUAAACUACCUAAACUCAGCAGUAGGUUGAGAAUACAUAAAUAUGCCCAAUUCUCACCUAAAUUAUGCACUAUGUCUCUCUUUGAGCAACUCUACUGAAUGUAACUUGUAAACGUUUUACUGAAUGUAACUUAUAAAAAUGUUACCAUUACACACCAAAAUAGAUUUUUUAAAGAUCAGCCAUUGGCACUUGGCUAGGGCCGAGUCCUGCAUACCUGAGAGAUGCUCACACACGGGCUCCUCCUGGAAAAAGGUUCUUCCCUCCUCAGUAGCCAUUUCUUUGGUCUCCAGAAGAGUAAAACUUUUUCAUUUUGUAGUAGAAUUUUAAAAAAUUAAGUGACACAUGUAUCAUGUAUUACAAACAUUCAUGUCAUUUAGUUUUGGUUUUCUCUAUUUAAAUGCAUAAUUAAAAAUCCCAAAUAUAAUUGAAAAGAAACACUGCCACGUCAAGAAACAACAGUACUGUUAGAAUUUAAGUAUUUUGUAGUUAUUUCAUAUCUCAUUUAAUUGUGAACAAAUGUUAGAGAUAAGCUGAUAUGGUGGAAAGGACAAAUAUAUUACAGAAUUUUCAGAUAUGGGUUUAUAAAAUGGACCUUUGGAUAGCAGAUCAGGAUUUUAAAUGAUUUAAAAUUAUAAAUGAAUCUCUUAUGAAUCAUACCUAGAUGAUACAAAGAGACUACUGAGUCAUGAAACAGAAAUGGUUAUCCGGGAGCUUGGUAAAUUUGUCUGGGUUUAUUUUGCUAAAUCUAUUUUGCUCCCCUUCUGUCACUAGAUUAUGGUUACUCAAAUAACAGACAAUAAAUGUUUAAAUUUUUCCAUAUAGUGAAAAACGAAAUUACAAACCUUACUUGAUAUUUUAUUUAAAAAUUUACCUUGGUUAAGGUUUACUGAAUAACUGAAAUGUCAGCAAUUUAAACUAAAUCAGGUGUGAUAAAAUACCUGCCUAUCUAGAGAGAAAGGAAAAUUUUAUUUGGCUAUUUGGGGACAUCUUAGUCACCUAACAGGUGUGACCCAGCAGAUGACGAGCAGGGCAUGAAAGGAUUAGAGUAACAUAAGCACAUUUUGCCCUCAAAAAAUGGUCUUGGGCUUAAGAUUGCAGAAAAAUCUCAGGUAAUUACUGCAUUUUCUUUUAUUAUUGUCCAUUCUAUGAUUUGGGUUUAUUUUGGGGUGACUGUUGAAUUAGACCAUCGAGAUCUGGUUUCCUCUAAAUUUUACCUCACUUGAAACUAUGUUUGGCCGCUUCGUACUCAGUCAUUUGGGGGCACGUAAGUUCCAGCCAAACGUAAAGGGGGAGGGGGAUUUCUACAUAAUAUAUGAAAGAAGAGGUAUAGAAACUGGGUUCUCAGUUUUGCUUCUACCAAACAUUGUGUGGAGUGGGGGGCAUGCAGGGUGUCAUCUGUCUCGUCCCUCUACUCUAUUCCUGCUCCUGUUUAGCUUUAUUUUAGUCAUUUCUACACUGUAAUAAAUUUAGAAAUGAAGCUAUUUAAAAAGAUAAUUACAAUUUAAGGACUCGCUCUUACAUGUUACUCCAAUCCAGAUAGCUAUUUUUUUGCUGAGAUCUAUUGUACAUUUGUGAUUUUCUAUGUGUAUACUUAGCAAAAUCUGGUUAUUUAUUUUCGUAUAGACUUAAUAGCUCACUGAAAGAUAAAUUAAGCUGAUUUCUAUUAGUCAACAAUUAAGGUGCUCCCACUGCAGAGUUAAGGCCUGGGCCUGAUGUGCUGUAUUAUGAAGCCUUGUGAGUCAAAAAGAUGUUUACAUAUGUUGUCUAUUUUUUUAAUAAACGUUUUUUAUAGCUAGUCUAUUUGCCCUGUGGCUUUGAUCUACUCCUGAUGACUGUGACUAUAGUUUGUAAUGGUUUAUUUUGUGUUCAAUUAGGAAUAGUACGUUAAUAAAGAUUACUAAUGCUUAAUAAGCCAGAAUCAUUAAA